UUGAUAGAUGUGGUAUCAGCAAAUUCUGGGGGAACUUGGAAGCUAAAGAAAGAACCAGGAGCUGACUUCGCCGCAAAAAAUCUGAAGGCCGAUUUAAGAACUGUAACUUGAGAUGAUGUCAUUGCAAAAUACACUUCUAGUUGAUCAUUUGCUGUUGCCAGGUGCAUCAACUCAGUUAGGGCUGUAUAGGUAUGGCCAGUGUCGAAGAGGUGUAGCUUUACUCGUCAAGGCAGAACAAGUACAUGAAGCUUCAAAGUCCCCUUGCUUAGAUGAACCAGGUAGGCGCCAACUGCUUGCGCUGGGAGCAACACUUACCCCUUGGCUAUUCUUGCCAUGCAAGACCUCAACAUCAUUUGCUGCAGAAACUAAGAAGGGAUUCAUCUCAGUCACAGACAAGAAGGAUGGAUACUCCUUCCUGUACCCCUUCGGGUGGCAGGAAGUCGUUAUUGAAGGACAAGACAAGGUUUUUAAAGAUGUUAUUGAACCACUUGAAAGUGUCAGCAUAAAUAUGAUUCCAACAGGAAAACAAGACAUUCGAGACUUAGGUUCUCCCCAAGAGGUUGCUGAAACCCUGAUAAGAAAGGUUUUGGUUCCCCCUUCCCAGAAGGCAAAGCUGAUUGAGGCAUCAGAGCAUGAUAUCGAGGGGAAGGCAUAUUAUACAUUUGAGUUCGUAGCAAAAGCACCAAACUUCAUUCGACAUGCUCUUACAUCUGUCUGUGUUGGCAAUGGGAAGUUCUAUACUUUGACAACCGGGGCCAAUGAGAGGAGGUGGGACAAAAUGAAAGACAGAUUGCACACUGUGGUGGACUCCUUUCAAAUUUUCAAUGUCUAAUGUGCCCCUGUAUCAUUUUUUCAUUUCAUGGAUUCAGCCCUUCUAUUCUCAUUCGAAAACAUGCUUUAAAAGCAUUUGGAUAGGAGGCUAUUCAAUUCAUGUAGAUGUGAGCAUUUUUUGUUUGAGAAAUGAAAACCAACUGUUUCAUGCCAAAAAUAGUUGCACUUCCCUGGCCUUUCAAUUGUUGAAACCUUUUGCACAGGGCUAAUUCUUCACUUGCUAUUUUCAUUUGGAUUUAAAAUC